AUGCCAACCUCCAUCUCAAGUUUCCACCUAGAGCUCUCGUCGUCCUACAUCUCCGGGAUAUGUGACCGAACCGUCGACCGUAGUUUCUGCCUCCGUUUCAUGAAUUCGACCGCCGGCAUCCGGGCGGCGAAUUUCGUCGGCGCAGGGAAAAUCACCCUCACGGUUAGCGAUCAGAAAGCCAGAGAGACUCAGAAGUACAUCCGAGCACAGUUACUGGGGCGGAAAGCGACGGAUCCCAAGGUGAAGCAGAGCUACAAGACGUGCUUGGAGAAGUACGGGGACGUCGUCAAAUCGAUCUCCGUCGCUAAAGAUUCUUUCGCGACGGGAGAUUAUGAUACGGGAUUUACUGCGACGACAGUUGCGCAGAGGGAUGCGGAUGCUUGCAAUCGCGAGGUGACGGCGGGGCCGGCGAGAGGGGGAGUAGGUGAACGGAAUAAGUACUUGUCGAAUCUCCUGGAUAUUGUUUUGGUGAUUCUCAAUUUGGUGGGAGGUUGA